AAAAUGCCAAACGCCAGCACGUCGAGCAGUCGACAAGUGGCGUGCCAAACGCUUUUCAAACAAUAUAAUUGGAAACGAGCAGCGCAGUCUACGUUAGCUAUUAGUCGACAUCGCUGAGUGAUGCCAAUGACAUAAUGGAUCCCAUUACUUUCGGUGUUUUAACAGUCAGUGACACCUGUUACAAAGACCGCUCGAAGGAUCGCAGCGGUCCGCGUUUGGUGUCCGAGAUUAUGCAGGCCUUCAGAAAUGCCCAGGUAAUCGCCAGCGUUGUGCCCGACGAAAACGGCCUCAUUCAGAGCGAGCUGCGCCAGUGGAUCAAUCGGAAGGAUGUUGGCAUCAUCUUUACCACGGGCGGCACCGGUCUUGCCCCACGCGAUGUGACCCCCGAGGCCACCAAGCCGCUGCUGGACAAGGAGUGCCCACAGUUGAUGAUGGCCAUAACCCUGGCCUCACUGAAGAAGACCACUUUCGCGGCUCUGUCGCGUGGAGUCUGUGGCAUCGCUGGCGAUACACUGAUCCUGAACUUCCCCGGGAGCGAAAAGGCGGUGGCCGAGUGUUUUGCAACGGUGAAGGACUUACUGCCCCAUGCACUCCAUCUGAUCAACGACGACGUGGCCCUGGUGCAACGCACCCAUGCCCAGGUGCAGGGAACAGAGACGGUGCAGGCCCAGAUUCACGUCUGCCCGCACCAGACAGGAUCUGGAGACGGCAGGGAUCGCUACUCGCCGUUUCCCAUGCUCCCCGUCUCGGUGGUCAUGGAUAUUAUAUUCGGAGUGGUCCAACGCCGAAUCAGCUUGGACAAUGACAUUUGGAAAACGACCUCGCCGGUGAAUAUACCGCCUUUCCGUGCCUCCAUCAAGGAUGGCUAUGCCAUGAAGUCGACUGGCUUCUCCGGCAGCAAGCGUGUCGUGGGCUUCAUAGCCGCCGGUGAUGCGCCCAGCGCACAGCCUCUGCAAGAGGAUGAGUGCUUCAAGAUAAAUACAGGGGCCCCACUGCCAGACCAAGCAGACUGCGUGGUCCAGGUGGAGGACACCCUUUUGGUGAGUCGCGACAAACACGGCGAAGAGAGUCUGGUGGAGAUUAUGGUGGAGCCGCUGGCGGAAUUGGAUGUGCGUCCCAUUGGUCACGAUUUGCGCAUCCAUGAUGCCAUUUUCCCGACUGCGGACUCGUCAGCCGUUGUCAUCCAGUCUCUGCUAGCAUCUGUCGGCAUAUCCAAGAGCCUACCCAAGCCCAAGGUGGCCGUCGUCUCCACGGGGAGCGAGCUGCUCUCGCCGGGAGAGCUGCCCGUUCCUGGCAAGGUCUACGACUCUAAUGCCACGAUGCUGGAGGAGCUGCUACUCUAUUUUGGCUUCGACUGCGUGCGCACCGUUGUGGUGAGCGACAACUUGGCGGACACCAAGGCCUCUCUGGUCAGCCUCUUUGAAAAGGUGGAAUUUGUCAUCUCCACUGGCGGCGUCUCAAUGGGCGACAAGGACUUUAUAAAGACAGCGCUGGAGGAUCUCCAAUUCAAGAUCCACUGCGGCCGGGUCAACAUGAAGCCAGGCAAGCCCAUGACCUUUGCCAGCAAGGAGAAUAUGUAUUUCUUUGGGCUGCCGGGUAAUCCCGUCUCGGCCUUUGUCACAUUCCAUCUGUUUGCCCUCCCAGCCAUUCGCUGGUCCGCCGGCUGGGAGAGAACCAAGUGUCCCCUAGCGACCAUCCAAGUAAAGUUGUCGCAAGACCUCAGUCUGGAUCCGCGCCCGGAGUACGUCCGGGCUACGGUGACCUCCAAAAACGGCCAACUCUAUGCCAGCGUCAAUGGGAAUCAGAUCAGCAGCCGUUUGCAGAGCAUUGCGGGGGCCGACGUGCUCGUCCACCUGCCGGCGCGCACCUCCGAGUGCUUCAAGGCAAGAGCCGGGGAGUCGUAUCCCGCCUCCGUGCUGCGCUACGACUUCAUAUCAAAGUAUGAGUAGUGGAAGGGUGGCACUGCCCUUCCACCGAAUCCAUCGAUAGAACUAAGCGCACAAGAAUUCCUAGACCACUCGAAUGUUUUAGAUUAGCACAAAGAUUUAUUUUCAUUUUUCAUUGCUCGUAUCAUUCAGUGCUUAUGUAUGUUGUCCGUCAAAAGUGCACCGUCAAAGUGUAUGCGAAAACGAGUAAAAAAUAUAUAUUAUUGUAUAUG